AUGUUUCAUUUCAAAUUGCUUACACAUGUUCAUAAAAAAUUGAAUUUUUUUAAUUCUCCCAAAAGAGAAUUCAUCUAUUUUUUAUUAAAAAAUGAGAGAAUUCCAAGAUUAAGCAUUUACACGAAAUCGAAAUGCACAAUUCAUUCUUACCCCCCAAAUGUUACCUCAUUCAUUUCACUAAGUGAUACAGAUGUUAAUAAAUGUAACUUAGGAUGGAAAAACAACAAGCAUGCUGCUAUACACACUCUGGAGGAAAUAAAGGUUUAUCAUAAUGAUGUUAAUCUUGAGGCACAGGAAAACAAUGGGGUUAAUGACGAGGCAUAUGAAAACAAUGAGUGUGUUUACAUACAGAGUGAAAAUAAAUUUGUUGUAAGUAGACGAAAGAGGGAAAAAUAUACAGGUAACUCUAAAAAGAAAGAAACAAUAAUAGUGGAUACACCUCCAAUGAACAAACAAAAUGAAAAUAGGUUUGAAGGACAUGUCAUAAUGAGUCCUGGAUUAAGCAUUGCAUGUAGAAGUAACAAUGUUCAUUUAGAUUAUACAGAAGAAUUGAACGAUUUGAAUACCCCUUCAAAGGAAUGCAUAGAACAUAAGACGGAAAAUGAACUACCUAAGGAUCCAUCCAUCGGGGAGGUAGUAGCAACCAUGAGGAAUGAAGCAUUAAUGAAAAUUCUUACAGAACCAAAUGACCACAUGAUGAUAAGAAAUGAAAAACGGUUUUGUGAUUUCCUAUGGGUAGUAGCGAAAUCAGGAAAAGGAGGAAAUCCAAACUACAAAAGACAAAGAAGUAAGAAAUUAAAGGGAGAAGGAUAUGGAGGGCAUGGAGGUAAUGUUAUCUUAAAAAGUAAAAAAAGCAUUUAUGAUUUAAUAAAAAUUGAACAGAAAGUUAAAGCAAAUGAUGGGGAAAACUUUAAAGAAAAUAGUAGAGGAAAAGAUGGAAAAGACAAAAUAAUUUUUGUGCCAGUUGGUACAAUAGUAAGAAAAAGAAUUUAUUGUCAAAAAAAAAAUGAAAAUAAUAGGAAAAUCUAUAAGAGUAUUUUUUGGUACCAAUUUUUAAAAGAAAACGAAGAAUUGUUAGUAGCUCGCGGGGGGAAAGGAGGCAUAUCUUAUUCCUUUUUUAAAAAACAUGAUUUUAGAUUACCAGAAAAUGGAGAAAAAACUCUUCUAGAAUUAGAACUACGAUUACUGAAUGAUGUUGCUUUUAUUGGAAUAGAGAACAGUGGUAAAACAUCCCUAUGUAGUAGUUUAAGCAAAUAUUAUGGAAACAUAAGUACUCAUAUGUUUACAACUACUAUUCCACAUGUUUCCAAUAUUAAUUACAUUGACGGGGUUGAGAUUACCCUCCUAGAUACCCCUUUUUUGUUUCACAAUGCACACAGGGAUAAAACUAGAGGUAAAAGAAUUCUCAGACAUCUUUAUAGAAGCAAAUUAAUUGUCUAUGUUAUCGACGUUUCAAGUGACAAACUGGAAAAUGUGGACGAUUUACAGAUAGAAGAUUAUUACUUGGAGAAUUUAAAACGAAAAAAUAAUUACCAGGAAAAUACAAGAGAAGAAGAUGAUAUGGAUGAGGAGGAAGAAAAAAAAGAAUCAAGAGAAAAAAAAAAGAGGAAAAUGGAAACGCAUGGCCAUCUCCAUCGCGAGGGUAAUGCAGAUAAUAAGGGAACCCCAGAUAUGCACAAAGCAGAUGAUAUCAAUACGAACCUUAAGAAUUAUUACAACGACACGAUUAAGCAGAUAAAGAUGUUAAGAAAUGAACUGUUCCUUUUCAAUCCAGAAUAUUUAAAAAAAAAAGAAUUAGUGGUUGCGACAAAGUGUGAUAUGUUACACAAAAACACAUUACUUAAUCUGGAUUCCCUGUAUUUCCGUCUCAAAAAUUUUCUUCCGCAUAUAGAAGUUAUUGGCACUUCAGCAAAGUUUGGCUUAGGAAUAAAGCUAUUAAGCAGAAAAAUAAGAGAACUUAUAUACCCGCAGUAUAUUUUGCAGAAUCAUAAAUUAUACGCUAAAAAUAUCGAAGAUUAUGUUAUACCGACGUAUAACCAUUUCAAAGAGGGAAAAAUGAAACUGCAAAAUUAUGAGUUGUCUGAAAAUGUUAAGCAUAUCUACGACCAUAACUACAUGGAAAACUUCGAUUACUUUUUAAAGAACGAGAACAGAAAGCGGACUCAUCAGAAGCAUCAUCAUGAGAAGCAGCAGCAGCAACAGAAGGACCCCAGCAUAAGGAUCCCAAAGGAUGAAACUUUUUUAUUAGCCGAAAAGUCUUCGGUGAGGGACGAAGGCAUGGCAUAA